CAGUCGAGCCGGAGCAGCGAGCCGGCGAGGUCCCCGUACAGCCACGCCUCGCAGAGGCGCGCCUUCCGAGCCCGCGAAGCGCGCAGCGACCGCGGGGCGACGUCGCGAGCGAACCGAGUGCACGUCGCGGCGAGGCUCCACAGUGCAGUGACCAGUGUGCCUGUGUGUGUGAAUGCGUUGCUAACGCAGUGUGCCCCACAAAAAAAAGGAUUAACCAUCGCGCAUUAUUUUGGAUACCUCAAGAUAUUCGACGACUUUAGUUUCAACGACACCAGUGCACCCCUGGUCGGCACACUGAGCCCCCGCGAACCGCCCCCGGCCCAAGGAUGAACGUGUGCGCACUGCUGGUGGUGCUGGGCUGCGUGGCGGUGCACGCCAGCGAGGACGUGGUGCACAUCAAGUCCAAGUACUCGGCGCCGCCCCUCAUCACGUCCAGCACCCUGCGCUGGGUCAAGAAGAGCAUCGGCGAGCGCUCGGAGGCCGCCGUCGUGGGCGCCUACGAGAUCGUGCCGGGUGACAACACCAACGGCGAGGACGAGGAGAACCUCAACGAGGUGCUGCAGCGCGACGUGUACGUGUGCCGCGCGCGCCACAACGGCGAGUGGCUGGCCGGCGUGCUGCGUUCCGGACACCCGGCGUGCCACGUGGCGCUGGGCAACCACGUCUUCCGCUACAACGACUACGAGGUGCUGGACAACGAGGACAAGGCGGCGCGCCUGUCGUGGGAGCGCUGGGACCGCUUCACCGGCACCAUGCCGGUGGGCGCCGUGGCCGCGGGCGACAACUACAUCGCCAGGAGGAAGGUGGAGGAGCCGGGCGACGGCCGCGGCGUGCUCGGCUUCACGCACUUGCUGGGCCAGAUCGAGAAGAGGGGCUUCCAGGGCCUCAUCAACGUCGUCGACCAGCACGACAAGGCGGCCGAGUUCCAGGACGGUGAGGUGCUCGUCGAGACGGAGCCCAUCCGGUACGAGCUGACCAUCACCUCCUUCAACCACAAGCGCCAGAAGGUGAAGCGGCAGGCGCGCGUGCUGGGGGCGACCACGCUGCGCAACGGCGGCGGCGAGUACGCCGUCAACGUGGACUCGGCCAUGGCCUACGACGCCAACUACUCGCUGUACUACGGCCAGGGCCGCGCCAUCCUCAAGGGCCUGCCCACCGUGGUGCGCCUGCCGCAGAGCCUGCCGCAGGGCCUGCCCGGCGCCAAGCCCAGCGAGGAGAUCAAGUGGGGCAUCCCCGUGGCCGAGGAGCGCAAGGACGUCCACAAGGUGGAGGCGCACCUAGCCCCCGGCACCGCCGUCAACGUGACGCUGGUCGGCAACCACACCGACACCGAGACGCCCUACACCGGCAAGCUGGUGGCCGUGUACCCGGACGGCGAGACGCGCGCGCGCACCAUCGGGGGCAGCCGCCGGGAGGUGGCCAUGCUCGACGUGCACCCGGAGCUGGGCCCCGUCUACUUCCUCAGCAACGACUCGCUGGUGCCAACCACCACCACGACCACCACCACCACCACCAGCACGACCACCACCACCACGACGACGACGACCACCACCACCACCGAGGAGCCGUCCACGCCGGCGCACACCAAGAAGCCCAAGAAGACGCUCCCGGGGGAGAGCGAGGGGCCGGGCCACAAGGGCGAGAACAGCAGCAUGAUGUCGGACGAGGGCGACCAGGACGCGCCGCCGCAGAGGGAGGCCGUCAUCUCGGAGAGCUCCCCCGCGCCGCCCAGCGCCGUGGCCGCCACCCUCCUCACGCUGGUGCUGCCCUGCGUGCUGCUGCAGGCACUCAGGAUAGCCUAGACGGCAGUGUAGGGCGGCCAGGACGCGUGUCCGGGACCUUCAACUCCAGGAAAACAACAGCAAAACCAGGACCAGGAAAGGUCCCGGACACGCCACUGCACGCACUACGCCUCGCCGUGCAGCUCUCUGUCCCGGCCGCGUUCAGGCGAUCUGGGACCGCUGCGCGGCGAGGCCUAGUCGGGGCAGCGCGAGUAGAGUCGUUUUCCUCUUCUUAUUUAGGGCUGCCCCCUCCGACGGCCAGCCCGCCGCCGCCUUGCACCCCGUCGGGGCGCGUGCAUUAAUCAUAGAGGGGUUGGCGCUAAAUCAUUACCAAUGCAAAAGCGACAAUUUUGGAAAAAAAAAUCCGCUAACAUGAUUUAUGCACGGCCCCGACAGAGUGCAGCCUGGCCGGGGGCGGCCCACUUUUACUUUCCUAAUAUACCGCGAAUUGUGAUCUUUAUAAUUAUAAAAUCAGCUUUCGGUAAGGCCAGGACGAGGGCCGAGGGUGUGGAGACAAAGUCGAUGGACUGGUUAGAGGUAGUUUUCUUUGUAAUAUAGCUGAGGGCCUUGCGGCUGGAUCGUUACGAUUUUAGUUGAAUGAGAUUUUUAAUUUAUUAUAAUAGAGCUGCGUGUUGAAAUUAUUGAAAAAUAAAAUAAAUAUGGCGAAAGGGAAAAUAUAAAAGGCGAGGUGGGGAAUUCCUUUGGCGAGAUAAAUAUUUUAUUCAUUCUUUCUAUAGUACUCUUCCGAAACCUUUCUACUGUAUCUCAAAAGAGUAGGACAAAACAUAUAUUCUUGUCGAAAGUGUGUGUUUUAGCUUUUCCCCUUGAGCUGUAUAUUACUUCAUAAUUCAUUCCAUCUUAUUCGUAGAGUUUCGAAUAGUGUUGCUAUCUCUUUCUAAAAGAAAAGAUACGGAGCGCACAGAGGCACAGAGGUAGAAGUGGAGCGGGCUGCCUACCUCGUUGUUGGCAGGCGCUUCCCAUCUAAGCUCAGAGUAUUUUCAGUAAAUUCGAGCAUAUACGAUUACGUUAUAGUGACCCGGGAGAGCAACAUGAAAAGUACUCUAUUUGUUUUCUGGAUACGCUGUUGUUUUGUAAUGUUAAUUUUAGGUAAAACAUUGUUGCCUGUAAAAAAUGUAAUCUGAUUUAAGUACGUUUUAUGUGUAUAUAUGCUAUAAGCUAUGUUGUGUACAUAAAAUAAUUUUAACUAGAUGCUAUGCGAGGUAUAGGCAGUCGAUCGGGUUGUUUUUGUUCUGUUUCGGUGGAAUGUAAAUAGAAAGCACCAAGCAGAUGACGCCGGCAAAAGCGGAGAGUGAUGAAUUGCAGCACGACAGAGACCUUCAUGACUUGUUGUAAUUGGUCACUUUAUGCCUACGGAGCGAUGGAAAGAGUUGCACAUGACAUGGUGAAGGAUCGCUCAGAUCCUGACGAAUUUCGAGGACUUAAUGCCAUAAAGUAGACUACCGUAGGAGAGUUACCGCGAGCUAGAAGGGGCUCCAACGCAACAUGUCACGCUAAGCGCAUCAUAUCAAGGCCGUUCGGCAACCAAUAGUUUAUUUCUUUUCCUUUUUUUAUUUUAUUUUUUUGAGGACGUUUGGCAGGAAAGGGGCGCAUUUUCGGAGCCGCUCCGCGACGACCAAAACGCUUGACACGACACAGGGCGGCAAUGCCGUGGCAAUGCCGUGGCGAGGCUAGGCGAGUCCCAACCCAGCAGCUUUCCAUACUCUGGCUGGUCGCCCUCCCCAUAAGGCUGACAGUAGGCAUAAAGAUGGAAAGUUAAAUUUCUUACUUAGAUUAUUUUUGGAAGAGCUGGAUGGAAAAGCUAGGGUAGUCUAUAAGAGUCAUUACACUAGUCACAGGGACUAGGACGAUAAAGGAGUUCCACUAACUAGCCUGUUGUUCUCUCAGGUUUCUUUGCUGAAAAGACCAAUUUAUUUUGCAGCAGUUCCGUGUAAUGAGCAGGGUAACGUAGAGAAAAUGGGCAGGAUCUUUUUUGAGCUAAAGUCGGGCAGAAUCGAUAUUCGUGCACGAUUCUUCGUAUCGUUAUUUGGCGUUCUUCAUAGGCCUACUUUAUAUCUACUUAUAAUUAAUCAAAAAAUUUCUCACUAGUUUCAGGGAGGAUUUUCUAGACCCUCCUCUUUGGUCCUAAUGAUGCAAAUCAUGCCGCGAAGCACAAAUAAACCAAUAGAAGCGCCUGCAGUGCCUGCACCGGGAAGGUUUCGUAGUGUGCCCUGUCGGUCGCACCAAAGGCGCCAAUCAUCCAUAGAAACUCGUUUAUGUAGAGUGGGCUGAAGGUAGACCCCCACUUCCCUCGGGGUGGGCUUACGUAGCCAAUUUUAUCAACUUGCUGAUGUCCCUCUUAAGCUUUGUGUCGUCUUGCCGAGAAAAGUAUUAGGGAGUAGAUACGAUUCUUUUCAGCGUUCUAUCGCUUCUAAACAAAGCAUCUAAUGCUUCGUUGUUUGUUUUCGCGUGUCUUGCGCCCCGCAGUAAGAUUGUAAAUAUAGAGUAUCUAAACAGUCCAAUGUAGUACAAAAGAAAUGCGAGAGCGUCAUUUCAGCAAGUCACUAUGGCAUGUUAGCAAUUAUUUUCUUGUCCGUUCGGGACAUACUAUUUUUUUAUACUUUGCACUACCCUCUUUAGGACUUGAGUACUUCAGCUGAAAGUGAAAUAUCUAGAAUCCGUUUUUAACCCUUAUAUGUGCAUUCUAGUACAAACUUUGAAAAUUUAUUGUAUCUAGAAACUUUUAAUCAAAUUAAGCCAAACAUCUUGUCGAGUGAGGCUGGCGGCGUUCCAGGCGUACGUCCGUGAAUGUGAGAAAAGGGUUAUUUUUUGGUAACGUGGCAAAAUUGUAAACGUGUGUGUACAUAGUGUAUAAGUCUGUGAAAUACAAGAAACUGGCAGAAAAA